AUGCCACCGCACGAAGAGGUUGUUGCGCACAUUUCAGCCGCAGUAAAGGCCUUCUUAAAUCGGAAGCAAUCGUUUCGCAUCUUCCAUGGGUCAACCAACAGCACUCGCCCCGCGCACGACGGCCGCAUUGUUGACAUCAGUGCGCUUUCCAACAUUCUGGAGGUUGAUAGGCAAUCUAGUACAGCAACCAUGGAACCAGGUGUGUCCAUGGACAAACUUGUUCAAGCCACUCUUGGUCAUGGCAUGAUUCCUCCAAUUGUAAUGGAGUUUCCAGGCAUCACGGUGGGUGGAGGCUACGCUGGAUCUGCAGGCGAGAGCAGUUACUUCAAGUAUGGAUACUUUGAUCAGACUGUCAGAUCAAUUGAGAUGGUUCUCGCGACCGGAGAGGUCAUCACGGCUUCCGAGUCCGAAAAUGCCGACCUAUUCAAGGGAGCGGCUGGGUCUCUUGGGAGUUUGGGUAUCACAAUAAAGCUUGAACUAAGACUUAUCCAAGCUAAGCGAUUUGUAAAGUUGAUCUACCAACCAUACUCCACGAUCCAUGAUACAAUCACGGUUCUCCGACAGGCAACAGAGAACCCAGACAACGAUUACGUCGACGGUAUCAUGUUCUCUAACACUCACGGAGUUCUAAUGACUGGUCAACUGACUGAUGAUAUUCCACUUUCUGAAGUUCCGCAGAACUUCAGCGGGCCAUGGGAUCCCUGGUUCUAUCUUCACACAAUGGGAAAACCUCCUGGGAAAAAAUCUACUGAUUACAUUCCAAUAGCGGAGUAUCUGUUCCGUUACGACCGAGGCGGCUUCUGGGUCGGUACGCAGGCAUUCAAAUACUUUGGUUUUAUCCCAUUCAAUCGAUUCACUCGAUGGUUCCUCAACGAUUUCAUGCAUACUCGGAUGAUGUACCGAGCAUUGCAUGGAAGCAACAUGUCUUUCGGAACUAUGAUACAUGACCUUUCGCUACCCUACGACACUGCUGAGGAGUUCAUCGAAUAUACGGCCAGGAAGCUCGGCAUCUGGCCGCUAUGGCUCUGCCCUCUGCGUGCUGUAGACCCGCCAACUUUCCACCCUUGCACUACUAGUUUCAAACAAGACGGAUCACCCCAGCCAAUGCUCAAUAUUGGUCUCUGGGGUACGGCUUCGAAGGACAUAGAAUCGUUUAAACGUCAAAACCGACAAUUAGAAGCCGAGCUCAGAAGAUUGGGAGGUCGCAAGGUCCUUUAUUCCCACACAUACUAUUCAGAAGAGGAGUUCUGGAAAUUGUAUGAUCGGGAAUGGUACGAGGCACUGCGACGACGUUACUCCGCCACGACGCUACCAACUGUGUAUGAUAAAUUAAAGGUCGACGUGACUCGACAGACGCAAGCCUAUCAUUCACCUUGGAUUCGAAGACUAGCAUCAUCGUGGCCUUUUGCGGGAGUUGUUGGGAUAUGGUGCGCGAUUCGAAGCAAAGACUAUCUUAUACAUCGACAGUUGGGCUGG